UUUCACUUAGCGCUUAUUCUUCAUCGGCCGUCGGGCUUGUCGCAGUCCGGUUCCGCGGAGGAUCCGUGCCGUGUUUUCGAGCGGACCCCGAGUCCUCUUGAGAGCGUCGAGUGUGUGUAUUUAGGCUAAUGCCUUUGAUUCAGUAACAGUUCAUUGAGGGUGCUCUCCUGCAGCAGGACGGGUAACAUUUCUGCAACUCCUCGUCCAGAGUCUACUGAGUGUCCGCUUUCGCCAAAUACAACAGCAGCCUGUUUCAGCGCUAGUCUCCCUGCAGCGCGUUCUCAGCGCAUAGUCGUUUCUGUAAAUGUUACAAAGUCUUCUUCUUUAGUCAUACUGGAUUCUCAACACGAACCCGUUUCUCCUAUAAAGGUGUGUCCAACCAAUGAGCCUCCUGCGUUCUAGUGCCACCAUGAAGGAUCGUGACUCUCUCUCUCUGCUGCACUACUCUGGUUCAGGCAAGACGAGCCCUCAGUUCCCCUCUGCCGCCCUCCACCCCAGCUCUCCCGUGCUGGGAAAACCCCAGCCUUUCUGCCUGCAGUCCGGCCAGCACCUCAUAGCCUCCAUGCAGCUCCAGAAACUCAACAGCCACUAUCAGAAUCUGUCCACCGCAGCCCCGACCGGACCCGGUAGAGGGUACGGGGCCAGCAUGCUGGGCCCGGGACAGAUGACCGCCCCCGGGGCUUCGCAGGCUCCUGGGAUCAUUGAUUCCGAUCCGGUCGACGAGGAAGUUCUGAUGUCGCUCGUGGUGGAGCUGGGUUUGGACCGCGCCAAUGAGCUUCCGGAGCUAUGGCUGGGUCAGAACGAGUUUGACUUCAUCGCGGACGUGCCAGCCGGCUGCUGACGCUCGCAUGCUACCAAACACCCCUCAGCCUUCGAAAUCAAAGCGUCCAAAUAAUGGCAAAUUAAAUGAGCCUAUGAAGAGAAACUUUAACUGUCAGAUAUGAACUGUUACGGUUUUGGAGAGCAGAUUAAUGUUGGUUUCCUCCUUUAUGCGAGAUAUAGACUUCCGUUUGGGGAGGAGGAAUUUCAGAAGCCAGAGGACUAGGCCGCAGACCUAAAUGGCCGUCCUUAAGACGUUUUCCCCAUGCCUUUACAAAACUCGUUCACACCCUUAAAGAAUCCACAUCGUGAUAAGUGGAAUGGAUUUGAAAAGGUGCCUCACUGAGAGGUCGGCGGAAGAAGAGACGCAGAGGUCUCCGGCUGCCGUUGCUCUGACUUCCAGCCCGUCUGCACAAACGGCCGGAUGGUAUUACAAGUGUGUAACGGAAGGUGAUUGAGAAAUUGGUGCGCUCCGCGGAGCCUCUCCAUCAUUCAAGAGAUUCCCUCGAGAAGCCGUGUCAUCGCAAGCAUCGCUGGGCACAAAGGAACUCGACCUGGCCGAACGUUUUCCACGAUUAAAUAUAUUAAUGAGACGUGUCUGUUUACCCCACAAUUCAGGCUGUGUGGCCUGAUGGCCUUAUUUUUAUGUUUUGUUUUGAGAUAAUUGGUUCAUGCACUUAAUUAAAA